AUGGAUAGCGUGCAUCUGGCAGAGCGGCUGUGGUGGUUGAAUGAGUACGAGAGGCUGCGAGUUGGUGCGCGGAUCCCAGGAAAAGUGCCUAUGGGUGGGGAGCGUGCCUCUGAAAGAGUGGCUACGGGUGUGGAGCAUGCCUCUGGAAUAAUGGCUGCGGGUGGUAAGCUUUCCUCUGGAAGUGUGACUGCAGGUGGAGCGCAUGCCUCCUCCAAAGCGAACGCGGUCAUGGCUGCGGGUGGGGAGCGUGCCUCUGGAAGAGUGGCUGCGGGUCGGGAGAGUGCCUCUGAAAAAGUGGCUGCGGGUUGGGACUGUACUUCCGGAAGAGUGGCUGCGUGUGUGGACUGUACCUCUGGAAGAGUGGCUGCGGGUGGGGAGAGUGCCUCUGGAGGAGUGGCUGCGGGUGGGGAGCCUGCCUCUGGGGUAGUGGCUGCGGUUGGGGAGUGUACGUCUGGAGGAGUGGCUGCGGGUAGGGAGUGUUCGUCUGGAAGAGUGGCUGCGGCUGGAGAGUGUGCCUCUGGAAGAGCGUCUGUGGGUGGGGAGUGUACCUCAGAGAGAAUGGCUGCGGGUGGGGAGGGUGUAUCUGGAAGAGAGGCUGCGGGUGUAGAGCGUGCCUAUUGA